AUCGAACUCCAUGUCAUGGCUUACCACCUGUGUCAUCUAUGGAAAACGACGGCUAAAGGGUGGGCCGCUAGCGUGACGGAGCAACUUACUUGAAUGCGCGAUAUAUCUCCAUCAUGACAAUGAUCAUCAACUCCGCUAUCUACAGAAAUAUUUCGUUGCCUGGAUUGAUUUUGAUUUUCAGUAUUACAUCUUCAAUCAUUUAUCAUGGAUCAUUCCCUCGAGCAUCAUCAAUCAUACAUUGGUCGUCCAGCAUCGGAGCUGCCUACACCCUCACUUGUCAUCAAGAAACCGGUCCUUGACGCAAACAUUCGAAGACUCCAUGAUGAUGUUGAUAAGCUCGGUAUUGGUUUCCGUCCUCAUACCAAAACACUUAAAAGUAUCGAAGUGACACGCAUGAUGCUGAAAGGUGGAAAAUACCGCAAGGUAGUCUGCUCCACCGUUCCAGAAAUCGCUGGAUCACUUCCCCUGGUCAAAGAAGGUCUCCUAGAUGAAUGCAUCUUCGGUAUGCCAAUCUUCAAAGGCGUGCUUCCACGGCUUCAAGUUCUUUCCGAGCAGAUCAAGAUCGAUUUGCUUUUGGAUAAUGACCAGCAGCUUCUACUCCUUGACUCCUCAAACAAGUCAAGCUGGGAUGUGUACAUUAAGAUCGAUGUGGGAGCGCGUCGAGCCGGUCUUACUGCGGAUUCUACCCGCUUACAAGACCUCGUGAAGAAGGUUGAAGCAUCGCCAAGGGUGAAUCUGAAAGGGUUCUACUGCCACGCAAAUCACUCAUACGGGUGUCGCAAUGAGGCCGAUACGAGAGCAAUGCUGCAAACAGAAAUCGAUAGCGUUCUUCAGGCAGCCUCGCUUCUGCCUCCAGAGAAGCCUCUCGAAGUCUCCAUUGGUGCUACCCCGACUGCUCACGUUGUGAACACACUACGCGCUGCUAUCCCAAAGAAUAUCUCGCUCGAGCUACACGCGGGCAACUUCCCUACGAAUGAUCUUCAGCAAGUCUCGACAGGAGUCACACCCAUUGAUAGCCAAGCUGUCCGUAUUGUUGCUGAAGUCGUUAGCAUCUAUCCGGAGCGCAAUGAAGCUCUGAUCAAUGCAGGUGUCAUCGUGCUCGCUAGAGAGACCAGCGCAUUCCCCGGAUCUGGAAAGGUCACGGACCGGCCUAACUGGGAUGUCGUACGCGUUUCACAGGAACAUGGCAUACUGGGGUGCACGAAAGGAGACGAGCGCGUAGACGAGACGUUCAAGGUUGGUGACAGGGUGUGGCUGUGGGUUCAGCACUCUUGUAUUACCGCAGCCGCAGUCUAUGUGUAUUACGUAGUAGAUGAGAACGAUGUAGUCAUUGACACCUGGUUACCACUGAAGGGUUGGUAGAUCUACCAGGUAACACAAUCAAAAUCUU